AUGAAGUCCUGCAUUGAAUUUAUGGCCGGUCGAGAACUCAUUGACAACAAAAUCGAGAAGUUCGAUAAGAACCCUGAAUAUUUCCACACUUGGAAACUGUCAUUUAAGAAUAUGACAAGGAAUAUAAACAUUACUCCUAGUGAAGAGCUUUCUCUAAUUAUUGAGUACACUACAAAUGAAUCGAAAAAACUCGUUCAAAAACUGCGUAAUGCAUAUAUUGAAAACCCGGAAAAGGGAGUGGCAGAAGUGUGGACAAAAUUAGGUGAAAGAUAUUGGUCCAAUGUCGUAUUGACCAAGGCGUAUGUAGAUAAACUGAAAUAA